AUAAUUUGCCAUAAAUUUACGAGGUUGUUGAUAUAUCAUUUGGCAUUUAACGUAAUAUUUGUGUAUUUUUUGAAGUGAGCGAUUCUUCCUUCGUUUUCGCUCAGUAAAAGUUGUGUUUUUCUUUUCUGUUUUGACAUGAUUAAUUGAAGUAUUAUGUGAAAUGGCAGAAACAUGUACGGUCGUGCGGUUUUCGAAAGAUUCUUUAGUUCGAAUUGAUAAUCUAAAGCAAAAUGAUUCUUCCGAUAAAUUAAAUGAAAUGCAACGGACUUUCGGUAUAUUUUAUAUGAUAUGCAUUAGCCUAUCCAUCAUAACCUACAUUGCCGAUUUGGUUUUGGCUUGCAUAUUGUUGUACUUUUAUUCUGUGAAGGGUUAUGGAUUAUAUUUUACGUUGACGUUAACUUUUCUGUUAUUGCCCGCAUUAAUUAUGAACGCUGUUAGCAUGAGGUGGUACAUUGUAGAUCACGACGAUCCAUCAUUGGGUAAAACUUCUGUGGCACAAUGGAUAGUUAGAAUUUUAUUUUUAUUACUACAACUCGCACCCCUUCUAAGAUAUCUGGACACGUUCAUCUAUGGGUUAAGAAGCCUAAUUGCGAAAUCGUCCGGCUCCGAUAAUCUUCACAGCACAUUGUAUAGACGGAUGCUGGAUGAGGACUCAAAUGGUGCACUGUUAAGACUAUUUCAUUGUUUUCUGCACUCGGCUCCACAGGCCAUCAUUCAGCUAAUGUUUUUAAUUAAUUAUGCGACAAAUCCUUCUACAUUACAUGAUUUAGGUAUAGAUGUGGCAGUUUUACAAUCCUGGACAGUAUUAUCUUCGUUAUUGUCAAUUGCUUGGGCCCUAACAUCCUAUCAUCGUUCCGUGAGGUUCGCCAGGGACGACAAAGAAACCCUUUCAAGUAUCGCUGUACUUAUUGGAUUUUGUUGGCAUCUCAUGAGUGCAGUUGCAAGAAUCUUGGCGCUGAGUCUUCUUGCUUCCAUUUUUCCAACAUGGAUGGGAAUCAUCUGUGCGCUACAUUGGGGCGUCAUGUCUAUUUGGCUAGCUUUAAGUCAACAUCAAACCGCAGCUUGUAGCAACCGAUGUGAGGAACUGCUGUUUUCCGCCGCGUUGGGGCUUGCCUACGUUAUCGCGUUUAUAUCGCCACGAGAUGGCCCUACAAGAUACAUCUAUCUCGCUUAUUACUUGGUGUGUUUCAUGGAAAAUAUUGGCGCUUUAGUUGUAUGGUGUGUGGCAAACAAUUCGGAAGAUAACCCACUGUUGUAUUAUGGAGCGGCGGGCGCACAAUUGACUGCGUUUCUUUUAGCUAUAUUGUUCCUAUUAAUUUAUUAUCGUUACUGUCAUCCAUCUACUUGUACAAAAAUUUUAGAAAUAACUGACAUCGGUAGCGUGGAUCACGAUAAGCCAGGAUAUAGCAAGACGUAUACUCAUGUGAGCCAAUCUCACAAUUUAUCAAGCUCUUGAUCCUGUGUGUUUGUGUAAGCCAGGGAAGUAUAUUUACAUUUUGCCGUUGGUAAUUAAACGUAACAGCUGAAUUGUACACAAGAAUUUGUAUUACUUUACUGUUGUUAGUCGAUCUCUUUGACGAAUUCUUAGUAAAAUACCAUUUAUAUUGGCAAGUAUGAGGUUGGAAACGGAAUUGUCAUCUUUUGAUAUAAAAUUUACAUUGAUAUCAAAUUUUAUAAAUUUCCUUCUAGUUAGCGACUCACAAAUUACAGCCUCUGUGCUGAUUCAACAGUAAAAUUUGCCAAUUUUUAAAUUGAUUACGAAAACGUAGUUAGGUGGCAGGCUACACACCUACGGGACCAAUUUUUUUAGGAUGUACGGUAGAAGAAAUAGGGCCUUGAACUUUUAAAAGCUUAAGUGGCCUUGAGUUAAGUUGUGAGUAAUAAACAUCGAUUCAUUGAAAUUUAAAAGGAAUAUACUAACUGUUAUAGAACUUUGUGCCUACUAAAUGUCCCUAUAAAUUGAAUAAUCCAGAUUUUUAUAUUUUCUCUAUUCUAAUAUUGCUUCACUGAACACACAGCUGGCAGCUUAAAAGUCUUCAAUUUCGGCAACUUCAGUUAGCUGCUUUUAAGGUUGAUCUAUUCUGAUGAGCGAUUUAUAGUGUUGAACAAUUUAAAUUGUUUGUCAAUUGGGCUGCGACUCAUUAUUAUCACUAUAAGUAUAUGAUUUUUUUUUUCACUAUGGGAUGGCACAUACAUUUCUACAAAGUAUGUUUAGAUUAAUGGCGUUUUUUCGUUAAUUUUUUUUGUUAUAACAGGUGAUAUUUAAAAAGGCAACUUCAAGAAAAGGUCAUUAGGAAUGGCGAAUUUCUAAUAUGUAUAUGUAUCAACACCAUUUCCCAUAGAAAGUGGGCAGUUAGUUGGCUCAGAAUCAAAUUGUAUGCCAUCCUUAAUGGGCCUUGACAUGGAUGUUAAAUAUACAACUGUUUUUUAUGGAAAUUUAGUUAACAGCCUUCAAUAUUUGACCAUUUUUCACUGAUGGUGAAUUUAAUUUUUUCAGUAACGUUUAAAUUAAGACAUAAUAAGCAAUUACUUUUCGUUUUAGCUCAGGAAGUAUUCUUUGACAGCCAGUAACCAACUGGCUUGUGCAACUUUUUUGUUUGAACAAUAAAUAAUGAUUUUCUAAUAAUCUAGCAAUGGACCAAUCAGAACUCAAUUUGGGGAUACUUAAGAAUUUAUAAAUAAAUCUGGAUUACUCAAUUUCGCACAUAACUUGAUUAUAGUGAAACAUGCAACUUCUUAACACCACUAGUACAUGAUUUUUUCAAUGGUAUUUUCAUUGUUAGUGAUUUAGUGUUAGCUCAUGAUCUAUGAUAUGCCUUUAUGAGGUCAUGAGAUGUUUUUGAGAAUGAGAAUCCUGUACUUGUAAAAAUUUGUUACGUUUAUACAUAGUUUAUAAAUAUUUCAGGAUUUCAUUCUAGGUUAUACUAUAUUUGCUAAAUUUGCAUUUCCGUUGUGCUCAUUGUUUUUUUUAUAAAGUAUCAGUAUUUUUGUAUCUAUAAAUUUACGCAAUAUUUAUAGUGUAUAUAAUAUAUGUAUUGACAGUUAUAUAGUACUAUACAGAAAUGCUAUUUGGGCAGCAAAAUUUAGUUGCAAAGUGCAUCCGACUGCCAAGUGUGCCAAUAAUAAAAUUGUCUACCGUUGCCUUACUGUGUAUAUAAGAAAUCGUAUAGUACUUAAUUAUAUUUACACAUAAGAAAAUUGUAAUGAAAAUUUUACUCUUCCUCUUCUUCGGAAGUAGAGUAGUUGAUACCAUUCUUAAUUUUCCUAUUGUAUUCAUAAUACUUUGUACCUUUGGAAGUUACCACUUUUUAAAUAUUAUUAAUGUACUUUACAGUACCUUUGAUAACCUUACCCUUGUAAUAAUUUGUAUACUAUUCCUAAUAAUUAAAAAUUAAAUGUGCACGUUCAUUAAUAAUAUAGACAAUUUCACAAUAUUAUUUUUUAACAAAAUGUUCAACUUUCAUAAAGAUUGUGUGUUGACUCAAAUGUAUCACCUUCAAUUCUUUUAAACGCAACUUACAAAUAGGAAUGGUCUGAUUCUGUAGUACAAUCAUGCUCAGUAUUCAUGCAUUUUGCAUAUAAGGGAAUUCUAGUCAUUUAAAAAAUAAUUUCCUAAGUUUUUAAACUUAAAAGCUUGUAGUUCAAAAGAAAUUCUUCUGUAUGAAAGUAUGUCUUAAUUGUUUAUUACUUGUAAUGUGUUUCGUUAAUUCACUUGUUACAACCUCUUACCAAAGUAAUUAGAUUAGUAUUCUUCCUGUACUUUUGUUUCGACAAUUUACCUUGACAUAGUAUUUUAUAAUUAGUAUUAGCCAUCGAAUAUAUUUUUAUUCAGCAAUAGAAGUAAGAUACAUUUAAGUUCCUCGUAUUUAUGAAUUAAGAAUAUUGUACUAUUGUUUUAUUUAUAUUACUUUAUUUCUGGUUAAUAAAUUCGUUUCAUUAUGU